CGCCGGGCGUGUGUGUUUAUAUAUAUAUAUAUACACACACAUAUAUGUGCUGUAGUCAGCUGCAGCGCGGGGGCGGCACACGGCAUUAGAAGGCGCCGGAAGUGUCCGUGUCGAGGGGCGGCGGGAGAGGGGCCACCAAGGCAAGCCAGUCAGCGGAGCUGGGCGCAGCGGCGAGACGCGAGUCCGCCGCGUCCCGAGUCCCCGGCCCAGCCGGGCUUUUCUCUUCGGCCAGACAUGGACUUCAGGGAAAUCCUGCUGAUCGCUUCCAAAGGACAAGGUGUCAACCAUGUACCGAAAAGGUACAGUUUGGCAGUGGGGCCUCCCAAGAAAGACCCAAAAGUAAAAGGUGUCCAGUCGGCAGCUGUGCAAGCUUUCCUUAGGAGGAAAGAAGAAGAGCUUAGACGGAAAGCCUUAGAAGAGAAAAGGAGGAAGGAAGAACUAGUGAGAAAACGAAUUGAGCUCAAACAUGACAAGAAAGCCAGAGCUAUGGCCAAGAGGACAAAGGACAAUUUUCAUGGCUAUGAUGGGAUUCCUGUGGAGGAAAAGACAAAGAAGAGGCAGAUAGCAGAAAGCCGCCAAAACCAGGGAACUGACCCAGAGUAUGAGGUGGAGGAGGAAGAGUUCCUAGACUACAGUCAGGAUGAGUUGGAGCAGGACUUCGAGGAGGAGCAAGAGCCUCUCAAAGCUGAAAGCAAACCAAAGGCCCCCCUUAAAAGUGCCCCUCCACCCAUGAACUUCACUGACUUGCUGAGGUUAGCUGAGAAGAAGCAGUUCGAACCAGUGGAGAUCAAGGUAGCGAGGAAAGCUGAGGAGCGGCCCAUGACUGCAGAGGAACUCAGGGAGCGAGAGUUUCUUGAACGAAAGCAUAAGAAAAAGAAAACUGAGACCGAUGCCAAACUACCUCCGCCCGUGUCCAAAAGGACCCCCUCUCAUCGAGACAGUGUGGGCACAAAACCCAGCAAGGGUUCUGGGGACAGGCAGCCUUCUUCCAAAGGAUUGCUGUCUCCUCAUGCUGAGAAGAAACCCAGACCCAGCACAGCCAGUGAAAAGCAAGUAGCUUUGUCUUCAUCCAAAUCCAUGCCAGGAGAGAGAACCAAGGCAGGAUCUGGCAGUAGCUCCCAGGCCUCACACAACAGACCUGUCUUCAAUGGGGCUGGAAAGCCCCACCCCAGCACCUGUUCCCCAAGUGUCCCAAAGACUGCUGCUAGUGGGACUCAGAAACCUGCUUCUGAGCACAAAGCCAAAAAACCUCUUCCUUCUCAUCCCAGCCAUUCCAAACCUGGGCCCACAGUCUUCUCACACAGCAAAGCUAAGAGUCCAGGUAUCAGACAGUCAGGCAGCAACACUGACUCAGCUUCUGGACGACCCAGCCCAGGGACAGCUCGGCCCACAGUUAGUUCUGGCGCUAUGCCCAAGCGCCAGAAUGGUAGCUCCAGCUCAGGACCCGAGCAAUCUGUCAGUGGGAUCAGAAAGCUGGCCAGCAAUCCGCAUCCCUCUGGACGAACAGUCAAUGGCACAAAUGGUCCUGGACGACCUGCCAGCAGCUCCACUGGCCCUGGGCGACCCAUCAGUGGCCCCGGUGGUUCUGGAAGACCUUUGAGCAGUUCUGGAGGUCCUAGGCGGCCUGUAAACAGUCCACAUGACAUUCGACGACCAGUGAGCAACCAAGGUCCCCCUGGGCGGUCAGUUGGUGGCCCUGGGAGGUCUAUAAGUGGUUCCGUUCCAGCUGGACGGACUGUCAGUUCAGGCCCUGGAAGACCAGUGAGCAGCUUAGGACCUGGACGAACAGUUGGUAGCCCAGGCCUCCCCAUAAAACCCAAGUGCACUGUUGUCUCAGAAACAAUUUCUUCAAAGAAUAUUAUUAGUCGGUCAAGCAAUGGACAGAUAAAUGGAAUGAAGCCUCCCAUGUCUGGCUACAGAUCUGCCCCAGGUCCUCAAAGGCUCCCCUUCCCGACUGGCUACAAAAGACCUCGAGAGUAUGAAGAUGAUGAUGAUGAUGAUGAAUAUGACUCAGAAAUGGAUGAUUUCAUCGAAGAUGAAGGAGAACCUCAGGAAGAAAUAUCCAAGCACAUUCGGGAAAUCUUUGGCUAUGACCGAAAAAAAUAUAAAGAUGAAAGUGACUAUGCCUUACGUUACAUGGAGAGCAGCUGGAAGGAGCAGCAGAAGGAGGAAGCCAAGAGUUUAAGACUAGGUAUGCAAGAGGACUUAGAGGAAAUGAGACGUGAAGAAGAAGAAAUGAAACGUCGAAAGGCCAAGAAGCUGAAGCGACAUUAGCUGCUACUGAAUGUGUGGAUCUGGGACCCUGCUGCAAGGAUUCCUGCCUUCAGACUGAGCAAGCCCUUACCCUUUAGAUCGACACCCGGACACUCAGGAAGGAAUGCAUACUGUCCUGUCAUCUGAGUGUACAGUGUUCUUCGACAGUCCAGGGUGGGAUCUGUAAUGCAGAUGAUACGAUGCUUGCCGUGUGCUCUGAUGACAUUAACGAUUCACAGGUGCCGGCUUGAUCAUGAUGAGCUAUGCACGCUACUGUGGGGCCACUUACCAGUCAGCUGGUCUUUUAUUGUUCCUUUGCUACUUUAAAAGGAGAAAAAGAUUGAUGUGUGAGUGGGGUGCUGCCCAGAUCUCAGUAAUACUUGUCUUUAGGAAGGGCCUUGCACUUCUGUGAAUGCUGCCAGCAAUAAAGUGACCUGUCCCAGUCUAUGAAUUGAAAACCCAGGAAAGAGUAGGCUUUAUAAUAUUACAUGAAUGUCACCCUUGUGACUUUGACAUACAAAAUAGAAUUAUAUUGUAUUCAGCAUUAUUUGUAGAUUGGAUGCUAAGCAUUCUUAAUUUGUAUGAUUAGGUGAUAAAAUUUUUCUAAGUUAAAAUAUAAAUUUUUCCAGAAUAAGAAACAGUCUUUUCUAGUUUUCCUUUCAGGCUUCCUGUCACACUGACCUUAGUAUGAAGUAGAUAAGGCCCUUACUAUUCUGUUGGUUGUUUUGUUUCUUUGUCUUCUUUCUUCCUUUUAUUAAAGAAAGAUGGCUAUUUGGAUAUUAGAUUUGAAAGAGUAAUGGUUUAAAAAAUCAGCAAGUGACAUGUGUUGUGCCCUCUGCUCUACUCCCCACUCAGAAAGCUAUUCUGGGACCCUAAGGUGCCCUGUACCUCUUGAUGUUAAUAACAUUGCAUUUGUAGCUUAAAUUUCUUAGAAAAUGUUAAUGACCAAAAAAAGCAGAAACUAAGUAUUUAGUGUAUCAAGAAGAGGACCGCCUUCCCCUUUGUCCGUGUUGCACUUUGAUCUCUAACUAUGCACUGUGGUGAAAGUUUUCCUGUUGUUGGUGAUUCACUGAGCUGUGAAGCUUCUGGCCUUCUCAAAAGUCAGGCCUACAGACUUUCUGUCACUUAAGCCUAGAGUCCAUCCGGGCUGAUCUAGGGUCUAGCUGGAAGGAAGCCAUGUCUUAAGGAUAGUCAGCAACAGAGAAAGAGAUAGGAUGCUAGAGACCCGAGAGUUGGAAGCAGUCAGAAUUUGGUCUGUGGGGCAAUUCCACAGUGAAUCUGGCUUCUUCAGCUCUUAAGCCAUGAGGGAUGGGGUGCUGGAGAGGCUGGUCUACAAAGAGCUCUUGCUUUUCAACAGGUCCAGACUUUAUGUCUUUGUCUAUGAUGUCUUCAUUCUCUAAGCUUGAAUAUUAUGAGUGAUCAUUUUUAGCCUUCCUUUGUGGGACCAUUGACCCAGUCCUUAAAACUUAGUCAUUUUGAAUUGAGUUUCAAACUCAAUUCAAAAGUGCAAGGAUUAAAUUUUAGAUGGUAUAUGACAUCCUAACUCACCAUGUAAAUUUGGUUUUUUGGCUUUUUUUGUGUUGGUGGUGGUUUUUUGUGGGGAGGGGAAGGGGGUGAGACAGGGUUUCUCUGUGGAGCUUUGGAGCCUGUCGUGGAACUAGCUCUUGUAGACCAGGCUGGCCUCAAACUCACAAAGAUCUGUCUGUCUCUGCCUCCCGAGUGCUGGGAUUAAAGGCGUGCGCCACCACCGGCCGACCCCUAUCCCACUGUUAAAGGGAGUAUGAUAUCCUACUUGAUAAAGCGGGAUCGGAACGUUAUUUUAUUUGCUAUCACUUGUGCCCGGCCCCUAUCCCACUGUUAAAGGGAGUAUGAUAUUCUACUUGAUAAAGCAGGAUCGGAACGUUAUUUUAUUUGCUAUCACUUGUGCCCGGCCCCUAUCCCACUGUUAAAGGGAGUAUGAUAUUCUACUUGAUAAAGUAGGAUCGGAACGUUAUUUUAUUUGCUAUCACGUGUGUGCUUUCCCCUCCAUGAUUUUUCUUGAAUAACCUUUCAAUAUUCGUUCUCUGGAAGCUGUAACUGCAGUCAAGGUUUCUGGUGACUGAAAGCACUGUACUCAGUUACAGGGUGCAGCUGUUUGCACAGGAAGGAGCCAUCAUGCUGGAUUAAAGUUUCAGAACUUGGUAAAGAGUCAGGUUGUGAUGUCUGUCAUGUCUGAAUGCAUUUCUGUUAACAGAUAUGCAUCGACUUUUAUGUUGAAAAAAAACACAGGAAAGAAAGACUGUGAGUCCAAAUUGUGUCUUCCAUUUUGCUCCUCUGUGUUUCCUGACCACCGAGAAAAGCUUACAAAGCCGGGAGGAAACAGGAGCAGGCUAUUCUUUUUUCAAGGUUUACAAAUUAAGUGCUUGAUUUUUAAUGUAUGCUCUCUACUGUCUGGAUUUUCAGAUUUGAUUCACUAUUUGAAGAUGUGCCUUUUAUUGGGUGAUGUUAAUUCUCGAAUGUAGUAACGUUCCACAAUUGUAAUGUUACAUGAUCAUGGGUGUGGCAUUCUCUAACAAAUUAUGUGACAAGAAAGUAGUUUUCAUAAAACUUGCGGCUCUGAUUGCACAGUCCCACUUGCUAAAGCCAAGGGCACUUUGUGUUAAGGCUCCUUGAGAGCUGGUCUUUGUGCUUUCUCUGCAGUGGAUGCAGUUGUGUCCACUUAGAGGCAGGGUACCACAUGUCACGGGCAGCCCUGUGUGUGCCAAGAGAAAGUUCAAAGACUCAACAGAAAGCCUACGGGAACACGGAAUUUCAUUUUUGUAAUGGUAACCCCCAAGAUUUUCUCCAAGAAAUAAAUUAUUUUGUAUUUUAUAACUUAAAAGCAGCUAGUAGUACAUUUCCGAGAUAUAGCAGAAGACCAAAACAUUUUGGAAAGAGAAUAAAUAUAUGCAGAGAGACUGGUUGUUUUAUUUUCAGUGUGCUGAUUAGACUAUUUAUUUUGUGAGUGGAUGUGAUGAAAUACAUAUUCAGGUGUUUAGUGUAUGAUUAAAAGUGAAAUAUAGAUUUCUUUGGAGUUAUUAAAUCCAUAAUGUCUUUUACAUAAUGGACAAAUCAAAUGUAAAAGAAGAAAACUUGGACAUAGCUUAGCUUGUUUUCUGGUGCUGUUGACCUGCAGAAGAAUAUACUUUUGCAUAUACAGGUGAAUGUUUUGCAAUUUAUGUAUACAAGAAAUUGUAGGCAUUAAAAUAUUUUAUUGAUA